AUGAGGGGGAAACGCUCUAAGCAGUACAAAAAGCUAAUGCAGCAAUAUGGGCUCAAUUUUGGAUUCAGAGAACCUUAUCAGGUUAUACUAGAUGCGGACAUUAUCAAGGAUGCAAGUAAAUUCAAAAUGGAUCUGGUUGGGGGUUUGGAAAGAACGCUUCACGGAAAGGUUAAACCUAUGAUAACUCAAUGCUCAAUGCGCCAUCUCUACGCUUCAUCUUCUGAGCCAGCUAUGUCACACAUAAUUGACACUGCCAAAACAUACGAACGGCGUCGUUGCGGCCAUCUUCCAGCAGAUUAUCCAGUUCCUCUCAGUUCUGAAGCUUGUAUCACCUCAGUGGUAGAUCCAAAAAAUACUCUACAAAACAAGCACCGAUACAUUGUAGCAAGCCAGGAUCUUGAUGUCAGAAAGGCUAUGAGAGAUUUAGCAGGAGUUCCAUUAGUAUAUAUUCACAGAAGCGUCAUGAUAAUGGAACCAAUGGGUACUAAAACAUCAGAGAUUAGGCAGAAAGAGGAGCAAGGAAAAUUCAGGUCGGGCCUUAGGAUGGGAAAUAAAAAUCUUAAAAGGAAGAGAGAUGGAGAAGAGGAAUAUCCAAGGAUUUGCGAAGACAAGACUUCACAAAAGAAAACCAACUGGGGUAUUAAGGGUCCCAAUCCAUUGGCUGUUAAGAAGUCCAAGAAAAAGAAUGAAAAAGAUAGUGUGGUAGCAAAGCUUACAGAGAGCAAAAACGAUAACGAAUCGACAGAAACUAAAAUGGAUCAGAAUAAAGACACCGAAUUAAUUCUCAAGAAGAAGCGGAUAAGAAAACACAAGUCUGUCAGCAAUAACGAGACACAUAUUAUAACUUCCAGCCAUGAGGUUGAUUGA